UUCGAGGCCUUAACUAGAUCCCGGAUUUACUGUAAGAUGGCGGCUACAACUACAGGAGUUCAACAACUUCUCGCUGCUGAGAAGAAGGCAGCUGAAACUGUAUCAGAAGCAAGAAGAAGAAAGGCAAAAAGACUGAAAGAAGCUAAAGAAGAGGCAGUGCGUGAAAUAGAUACAUACAGAAAGGAGAGAGAAACUCAAUUUCAACAGAGAAAGACGCAAUUGCUAGGAUCGAAGGACGACUUCAAGGCUAAGGUAGAAGGGGAAACUGAGGAGAAGCUGAGUGAGCUUGAGAAGCAAUAUAAUGACAACAAAGACCAAGUGAUUGUACGUAUGCUGGAGCUUGUGCGUGACAUCAAGCCAGAACUGCACAAAAACUUCAGGACGGGAAAGGAAGACUGAAAAAGGGUUGAAUGUACUUUUUUGAUUUCCUUGUACAAGUAGCAAUCUUGUUCAAGACUCGUGUAUUCACUGAGAGUAGAAGUCCAGAGAUUUGGUGUUGAUAUUUGUUAUUUAGUUAAUUAAUUAACUGUAUUGACAAGAGAAGCAUUGUUUUUGUGGGUGGCUUGUCUA